CAGAAGCUGAAUUGAUCCUCCGUUCUGAUUGGCUGAGAGUGACUUGAGAGGUCAUGACCGGGGAGUUCCAGGAGUAAUCAGGUGUUGAGUGUAAACAAGAGCUUCCCAGUUACAAGGAUUGAGUAUUUAGCAGGGCGCGUGACCCACCGUGAUGCCUCAGGAUGGUGUGGGGAGCAAGUCUGGCGGGAAGAAAAGGUCUGGGGGUGUUCCUCGGGUCCGCAGCCACACGGAUGCCGAGCUGCAGUACUACCGGGAUCAGGACCAUGAUGUGCUGCCGCCCCACCUCAGGGUGCGGCUUCAUGACUUGUUUCUACAGAUAGAGAAGGAGUUUGAGGUGCUGUACACUGACAACUUGGCAUUGCAAGAGAAGGUGGACAGUCUGACAGAGAGGUUGGAGAGGGAGUCGGUGGCCGGGGAAAGAGUGACAGGCACUGAGGAGACAGAUGGAGCCUCAACUAAGGGCGGGAUUAAGGCAAAGUCUGGUGGCCCGAGCUCACAGAAGGUGAAGGCGGCCAACAAGCUGCGCGUCCAGACCUCCAAGAUUGUGUCAAGCUUCAAGAAUGACUCGGUGUCUUGUCGGAUGGUGAAGGAGUAUGUGGGUCAUAGGGACGGUGUGUGGGAUGUGGCAGUGUCCAGGGGCGGCACUCCUGUCAUUGCCACUGCCUCUGCUGACCAGACAGCAUGUGUGUGGGGUAUUGAUGGCGGGAAGAACCUGCUGCAGUACACAGGUCACAGCGGCUCAGUCAAUUCUGUCAAGUUCCACCCGUCAAAAGAUCUCAUCCUCACCUCCAGCGGGGACCACACUGCCCACAUCUGGCAGGCAGUCAUCACCCCGGACCAGCUGCGAGUCCAUUCCUCUGAGGAUGAAGUAGAUGGGAGUGACAGGGAGGAUGAGGAUGACGGCGGACGCUGUGAUGGGGCGGGGGGACCAGCCACCUUGCGCACACCACUCCGGGAGCUGAUGGGACACACCAGUGUGGUCAUUGCGGCAGACUGGCUUCCCGGUGGAGACCAGGCCAUCACCGCAGCCUGGGACCGUACUGCCAAUCUAUAUGAUGCCCACACCGGGGACCUUCUCUCUCAACUGAUAGGACACGACCAGGAGCUGACCCACUGCUGCUCCCACCCCACCCAGCGCCUGGUGGUGACGGCGAGUAAGGACACCACCUUCAGGCUAUGGGACUUCCGGGAAACUAUCCACUCUGUCUCCGUUUUCCAGGGACAUACAGAGAGUGUGACAUCCGUGUGCUUCACUCGUGAGGACAAGGUUGUGUCUGGCUCGGAUGACCGCAGUGUUAAGGUGUGGGAUGUGAAGAACAUGCGGUCGCCCCUUGCCACCAUCCGGCUUGACUCACCCGUCAACAGACUGGCAGUGUCCCCAACCAACGUGAUCGCCAUCCCUCAUGACAACCGCCAUGUCAGGCUCUACGACUUGGCCGGCAGCAGGCUGGCCCGCCUCCCACGAAGCAACAGACAGUGUCACCGGCGGAUGGUGUGCAGUGUGGCCUGGGGAGAUGACUCACUGGGGGCACGCUGCAACCUCUUCACAGCAGGAUUCGACCGCGUGGUGUAUGGCUGGUCCGUGCACUCCGACAAGGAAGGGAAGGACUGAGUGCUGGGCCUUUGGUAACAGUUAUAUAUACAUGAUAUAGCAGCACUCCCUGGUGGGCAGAGCAAGGAGUGAGGACAUCUCUGCCUCACUCAAUUGGCAGUUAAGUCAUUGUGUUAUGCUGCCAUGUCCUUUGUUUCUUUACCAUAUCCUCAGGUCAGGUUUACCCUUCAUUUAGGUUCAGCAGCAGGAAGGUCACCAGUAUGUUUCAAACCUUGUAUCUGAUUUACUGAGAAGGAUAUGCAGUCUUCCAAAUCUUUCUUUCUCAAUUGAUGCGUUUUGCUAAUGCCAUGUUCAGUAUUCUUGGAUUAUUCUUUUUGUAGCAUCAUUUGUUGCCCUCAUGUACUGUACCAGGUGGGCAUUCCCCCUCUUAGUCUGUAUCUGUAAGGGAGAAGAGAAAUAUAUAAGUAAUCCUAUAACAACUAGCUGGUGCCUGUUAUCUUGUAGCAAAGGUUACUCUCCACCCACCACCCCACCAAAGCCAUUUUAUAACUAAGUACUUGAUUCCUGCUUUUUACAUUCCACACAUAACACUCUCAGGCCUCAACUGGCUUAGCAUGACUGACACACAGACACCUCCCUUUAGUCUCUGUCUCAACCCUUUAAGUCUACCAUUGCUUGAUCCACAACACUCUCGAGCCGCAGUGGGCUUUGCAUGAUGGACACACACACACACACACACACACACACACACACACCUGCCUUCAGUCUCUGCCUCAAGCCUUCAAGUCUCCUAGUGGCUGGUCAUCAUUACAUUGCUUAAACCACAACACGUCCAAUCAAGUGACAGAAAUCCAUCCCAUAAUUGUUUACUAUAAUUCUGUUAGGAAAGAUACCUUGUAAACAUGGAUGUAUUCUUGAGUGUAUUAGUGUGGUUUAAGUGCCCUUGGUUUGUGGAGAUCUCCUCACAAGCCAGUAGUUUGUUGUCAUUAUUACUGAGAGGGUGUACACUUUCUAUUUGCUAUGCUUUGUUUGUGAAUUGCACUGUUAUGUGUUUGCAAUGCCCAUAAAGUUUAUUAUAAUUUUGUCUUGAAUAUAAUAGUAAAUAUUUCAUCAGUUACAGUUGAAAUUAUCACACAACAUUUGUUAUUUUGUAAUUAUGGCAUAUGUGAGAAGAAUUCUGUUUUCUGUUACCUCUUCUUCCAUUAUGUUCUGAGCACAAUGUACAGGAGCAUCACUUUUGUAGCGAGUCACGGCCACACUGCCUGGACUGGCCUUGCAUUGCUCUAUGUCACUCAUUCCUCACAGUGACCAUAUAUGUAUAAUGUGUAGAUUUCUGUGUAAUAAUGCAUUAAUGGUAGAUCACGACUAUAUAACACUUGUAAAGAUUUUUCCAUUGGCAGAAUAUAUUGCUAAGGAGGGUAUUAUUAUCACUUGACAGAGACAUUAUUACAUAUAAAUAUUAUAUAUCAUAGAGUAUGAUGUUCAUUAGUUCAACAUAUAUAAUUGCUUGAAAGAUAAUUAUAACCAGCAUUCCUUAUACCUCACUGUAGGUGUGUUCAUUGUAAAUACCUGUACAGAGGCCCCCAACCCUCUCACCUGUAGUCAUCACACACUGUUUUUGUACCACAUUGUAUCUUAAUAUCCAGCAAGAACCGUUUUUUUCUAGUCAUACACAGUUAUUGUUUUCUUGCCAGUGUACGAAUAGAUUCGUGUCAUAGAGGAAGAGGUGUUGGGAUCACCUUGGUGCCGCUGUGACUGAGGAGCCAAGGUGAAGGCAGUGGUGUGUUAGGACCUCCUCCCUCAUGCUGAGUUGUCAUAACAAGUGUAACAAGUGCAUACACACACUACCUUUUUAUAUCAUCAUGAACUUGUAUUACUGUCCAUUGGUUUAUAUGAGCCACCAAUGAUCUGUUUGUGUAAACUGGACUGUAUGAGAAAUAGUUCAAAAGUAUUGUGUUUCCUAAUUUUUUUGCCAAAGAUGAACAUCUGUGGGCUUUUUUAUUCUAUUGGAAGUUAUGGAAGAGUAUUAACAUUGUAUUUGUGUUCAGUAUAUAUUAAGAAAAUAAUUUCAUAAAUGUUUACUUUGAA